UACAGUGCUAACCACCGUGUCUAACCAAAACGCAGCGUAUACAAUAAAGAAGAAACACUGACAAACAGAAAUUUCUUCCUCAACUCUUCAAAAUCCGAUAAUUCGUUUCUUCUCCAGUUCCUUAGCUCCUACGCUGAGACAUUGAAUAUCCCUGCAAAAUUGCACGGACACGUGGCAUCGUCAUCGGAAAUUACAUCGGAGAUUUGAUCACACAUCCGCUCUUCACAGCUGGUAAAAGCAGAACAAAAAGAAUGAAUAUCAAUGUGAAUCAAAAAGUAGAAGUCGAUAAUCGGAUUCCUCUCUGGUUCUAUUACCGAAUUGCCGAAAAUCUCCUAAGACAGGCGGUAAUACAUCGAGAAGAGAAGAAUAUUGUAGAUUUGUAUAUAAUACUUAUUAGGUUUUCGAGUUUAGUAUCGGAAACGAUUCCAUUCCAUAAAGAUUAUCAAGUUUUGCUGCCAAAGGAAAGAGUGUCUUAUCGAAAGAGAUUGUUAGGUGUAUUAGAUGAACUUGAAUCUUUAAAGCCUGAAUAUCUCCGUUGCGUGGACAAGCUGAAUAAAGGUUAUGCAAAUAAACAAAUUCGUGAACUUAAUGGGUCAGAAAGGAAUUCUUCUGGUUUUGAGCCAUCUACUUCGGAGAACUUUCCUGUUAAUAGAGUUUCUUACUCUAGUGUCAAUGUUAAACAGCCCUAUGGUGUUGCACUUCAGUCUUCUUCAAAGUACAAUUACAAUCACACUCAAGAUUCACAAUUAAAUACCCUGCCAGUUGACAAGCAGUUCAAUAAGUUGUCUAUUAGUUUACCUCUUCCCAAGCAAGAAACUUUGUCUAGACAUUCAUUCUUAGGCCCUAAUGGUCUUCGAGGCCAAUGGCGUGGACCUACUGCAGAGAUAAAGGUUCAGUAUCCAAACUAUGCUGAUGUUUCCUCUGCUGAAAAUUCCAGCCUGGAUCAGUCUGGACUGUAUGAUAUUGCAGUAACUGAUAGUAAGUCUGGGGUGAUUGAAUCAACAAUGGAAUCCCUACUCUCCUUAAAUGAUGGAAGAUGGCAUCCAGCAAAAGAAUCAAUCCCUGCUUUAAUUCAUGAAGUAAGGGAAGAUCCAUUUCAGUUCGUUGGCACUAGGCAACCCUCCCCGCCUCCUGUUCUUGCUCAAUUGCAGCAAGGAUUUUCUCCGAUUCCUCCAUCGAGAGUUGCAGAUCCAAGACCUGGACCAGCAAAAUCUUGUCAGGAUGGGAUUGAAAGUGCAUAUUCAUACAAGCAUUUACAUGUUCCAGUAAAGUUGAUGGAAAAUUUCUUGAGAUUGGCUCAUGCCAAUACCCAGAAAAAUUUGGAGACAUGUGGCAUUCUGGCUGGUUCCUUGAAAAAUAGGGUCUUCGAAAUCACUGCACUAAUAAUCCCAAAGCAAGAGUCAACUUCAGAUUCGUGUCAGACAUCUCAUGAAGAAGAAAUAUUCGAAGUUCAAGACAAGAAGAACCUCUUUCCUCUUGGGUGGAUUCAUACACACCCAUCCCAAACAUGCUUCAUGUCUUCUGUUGAUCUGCACACCCAUUAUUCAUAUCAGAUCAUGAUAGCGGAAUCAAUUGCAAUUGUCAUGGCCCCAACUGAUACAUCAAGUCCACAUGGCAUAUUUCACCUGUCUGAUCCAGGUGGCGUGAAAGUCAUUAGAAAUUGCCAGGAGAGGGGUUUUCAUCCCCAUGAAGAGCCAUUGGAUGGAACUCCAAUAUAUGAGCAUUGUUCUCAUGUCUAUAUGAAUUCCAAGGUAGACUUUGAAGUCAUUGAUCUUCGGUGAGCUUUGCAUUCUUUAGUAUAUAUCUCAACAUAUUGUAUAUUCUAUUGGUUUUCAUAAUUUAAAUUUGACAACAUAAUUUAAUUUUCAGUUCUGGGUAGCCUUUCUUAGAUAUACUUGUGUUAAGAAUUUUCACUGUCGAUGUCAAUAUAAUGAACCCCGCAAAUCUGUACUAUUUUGAGCUGUGUUGUUGAAAUACGACACGAAGCGGGAAGCCUGAUCUCUGGUUGCACUAGGUCUGUAUGUUGAGUAAUGAGGUUGUGAGUCGUAAAACGUGGGUUGCUAACAUUUCAUGAUGUGUAUGAAUAUGGGUCGGUCCUGUGUAAAUCAGGACCAUCUGUGAUGAAGUUGAUGAGGAAUGUUUAUGACCCAUCGCUGUUGACAUUCUACAACUUGUUAGUAGACACUAGAAAUGUUCAUUUAUUACCAUUAAUGGUUAGUUGAACCCUACUUGUAUUGCUUCAUACGUAGUCAUAUUUCAUUCGGAUUGUCUCCUAUUUAAUUGGACGAGUUAUAGCUAGAGCACUUUUACCUUA